AUGCAGGAGAUGGGUUAUUAUGACCCGUACAAUGCGCAGUUACCCACAGAUCCUGAUGAAAUCCAAUGCAUGCAACCCAUGUGGCGGAAGCUUGUGCGGAGUGCACCAUCGUUGUAUGCCAACUCACUGGCAGUAAUGGACUGGGAAGGCGAAGAGGCAGCAAUAGUGGAUAAAUUGGCUGGCCGACUCUGGCAAUGUAAAGAAAGUCUCUCUUCCUCCCUUGUCUUGGCUGUGAAGAAACUGGUCCAGCAAGUCAAAGAGGAUAUGUCCUACUCCCCACCUGUACGGACCAGUAUCUCAGCUGUUAGCAAUCUCAUUCUUCUAGAUUUGGAGUUACGUGACCGUGUCCAAAGACAGAAUUUGUUUGCAAAAGUGAUGUUCAAAGAUACCCACUGGUUGCAGCACUCAUGUCGGAUUAAUCUGGUGAAGUCAAGAGAGUAUGGUGCUUCCUCUCUAGCAAGACAGGGCUGUUCUAUACUGUCCUCUUUCGUCUGAAGUUUUGGGCGGAAAACCUGCCUAAGGCUUUGCACUGUUUUGUGGCAUAGUAUGGAUUUGACAUCAUCACAACGUAAUCAUCUACAAAAUGAACUGAUAAAAGAAUUGGAAAGACAAGAAGGGGAAAAAGAAGAUGAACGGAUAGUUGCAGAAAUCAUGAGAAGGCGGUUUUUUCCUGCUCUUAUAACUCAUAAGGCCUGGGAAGGCUUUCACUUUGCUGGCCAUGAGAUAAGAAUAACAGAAGCCACUGACUGUUACGGGGCGGUCGUCUGGCCAUCGGCCCUUGUUCUGUGUUAUUUUUUGGAAACUAAUUCUAAACAAUACAAUUUGGUUGACAAAAAUGUGAUUGAAAUUGGAGCUGGAACUGGGUUGGUCUCCAUAGUAGCCAGUUUGCUGGGUGCACUUGUCACUGCCACUGAUUUGCCAGAACUGCUGGGAAACCUUCAGCACAACGUUCUCCAAAAUACAAAGCUGAAAUGCAAGCACCAGCCUUGUGUUAAGGAAUUGUCUUGGGGAAUUGAUCUGGAAAAGAACUUUCCUAGGUCUUCCUGCCACUUCGACUACAUUAUGGCUGCUGAUGUAGUUUAUCACCAUCCCUUCCUGGAUGAACUCCUCCUAACUUUUGAUCACUUAUGCAAGAAUGACACUGUUAUUCUGUGGGCUAUGAAAUUUACGUUGGACAAAGAGAACCAAUUUGUGGGCAAAUUUCAGACACUGUUUGACUUAGACGUGAUUUCUAAUUUCCCCAGUUUGAACAUAACCUUGUAUAAGGCAAUGAGGAAAGGCAGGAUGAAAGCCAGACCUUCCAAACUGACAGUCUGAAAGAGAGAUACAUGGAGGUGACACUUUCAGCUGUUCUGCAGCUCAUUCUUUUUUUGACAACUUCCAUGUUAGUAGUGGCUAACACCUGCAUGGAUGACAUUUUUAGAGAUAGCUAAAACACAACAUCACAUUCCUGGUGCAUCCCUAACAAAUUCCUAAACUCAAUUUGCCGAUGGUUUUAUACACAGAAGAAAUUGACUUUUAUGUGGUAAGAUGACAAUAACUUUCAUAAGUCUUACCAUUAUUGUUAUGGGACAUGUAAUGAAUAUGUCCAAUAGCUUUCAAUUGCAGCUUUGAACGGUGUCUUAGAAGAUCAACCAAUCAUUUAAAACUUAAGACUAUGAUAAAUCUUUGUAUUUAAAAGUUAUAGCGUUAAAUCUGAUCUUUCCCCAUUCUCACUAUUGUGUGAAUCCUUCCUUUGAAUAGACUUCAUAGGACAUUAAAUUAGCUGAAGAAAAAUCCUCACCAUGGAAAUAUACUGUCAUAGUAAAGGGACAGAAUAUAUUCAUUACUCUUUGAUUUAACGAUUAUACUUUCUUCCUCUUCCAUUGUUUUUAUUUAGAUUCAGGGAUUCUUCAACAGACAGCCGCACACAUGAGGCAAGAGGGAGUUAAAUGUUUUGUUGCUUGAGCAAAGGUCUUGAAUAAGAAGAGUACAGCUUAUCACCAACUGCCCUUUGCAAAGACCUUAAAUUCUUGGAGAUCUGCCCCUCCAAAAAUAGAAGGUUAUCUGGACCUCAGGGAACAACAAUGGAAAAACCAUGGUAGCCAUCAAGAGAGGAGUUUUGCCCUGCUGGCUGGUGGUGACUGGAGGUAGAAAAGUAAAGCAGCCUGACAUGGUGUGGCUGAGGCAUGGGCAGGCUUAGAUUUUUUUUUUUUAUAUGGGCGAACAAAAUACUUUUCUCCUACCCACUCAGUACUGCGUGUUCCUGUUUUCAGUGGUCAGAUUAAUGUGCCUGAAAGCCCAUCAGAGAACUGUCUUUUGGGAACAGUAAUAAAAUGAUUCUUUGGACACCCCAAA